GGGGGCCAAUCAGAGUGCAGGGUUGGUUGCUAUGGCGGCGGCGGUCGUUGGAACCUGGGCCUUUUCGCUGGCUGCGGUGGACAAGGCCCGGUUGCUGUUGGCGACCGGCCGCGGGGCCUCGGCCACCGUCCAGGAGGCUAUGGCAGAAGUAGAAAAUGACAAGGAGACUGGCUGCUUUGUUGUAGGCCGUGGGGGCUUCCCAAACAAAGCUGGAGUUGUUCAGUGUGAUGCUGCAAUCAUGGAAGGACUGCCGGGGCGUUUUGGAGCUGUCGCAGCCCUACCUGGCAUUGGUAUCCCACUGACAGUGGCUCGUAUGGUAAUGGAUAAGAGUGAUCACUCAAUGCUUGUUGGAGGAGGAGCUGUUGCUUUUGCCAAAGAGCAGGGAUUCAGUAUUGAAGACAACAGUGACAUGAUGACUGAAGCAGGCUUGGCUGCCUAUGAGGAAUUUUUGAGAAGUCGCAAGAGCCCUUCCAAAAAUCAUGACACUUUAGGUCUGAUUGUCUUGGAUCAGGAGGGGAAUAUAACUGUAGGUGUAUCAACAUCUGGAGCUCCAUUCAAAGACCCUGGGCGAGUCGGUGAUUCACCUUUGCCUGGAUGUGGCCUGUAUGCAGACAGUCGGGCAAGUACCUUCCACGAUUUCAGUCUGCAGAGACCAACCUCUGGUGAUGGAGAUAAAAUCAUGUGCUUCUGCCCAAGUUUCCAUGUUGUUCAACUCAUGAAGCAGGGUCUUUCUCCUACAGAUGCUUGUCAAUCUGUAGUUCAGGAUAUUUGUAACAGAGUCGGAAAGAAAGACAUCUUUGAAAUUGGGCUCAUUGCGUUGAACAUGAAGGGUGAAGUUGGCGCUGCUUCAACUGUCCCUUUUCCAUAUACAUUCUGGGCUCAUGGAAUGGAAACAGUGGAACAAAGACAGAGCUGCCCUCAGAUCUAUCCUGUCUGGUUUGAUGCACGUUCAAAAGCAAGCUGUUGGAACUGUCAGGUCAAUUUGGAUUUGAAAGUACUGGACUUGACAAUGCUCAGAUAUAUGAUGUUUGUUCACGUCUAGAUUUUUCUUUAAAACUGGAAGUUAGUGGCAAAGCCAGCUUUAUUGCCCAAAGCCUCAAGGUUCCCAAAGGAUAUGAUGCCAGGCUUUGGUCUUUAAUUGGCCCUUCUUUUGUUCAGUGACGGAACUGAAGAAUUUCCCUAUUCUAUUUUAUAACUUGCUGAUCUUUUAUUUGUAUUGACAACCAGUCUAUCGCCAUUCUGAAUCGUAAGAAUUGAAGAAGAUGAAGUACUCUAUAUUCCCUACAAUUCCCUGACCCUGCUCAGCUAUUGCACAAGAGUGUGUUUGAUCUUGUACUUCAAAGUGACUUUUUUAGCGUUGUGUUUUCCUUGAUGCCUUUGUGUCCAAAAAUAUUGUUAUUUUGCCUUGAAUGAGCAUUUACCACUGUCAGUGCCGGAGUAUUCUAAAGGUUCACAGCUUGCUGAAGAAAUUUCUCAUCCCUGUCCAAACUGAUCAUUAUUCAAGACUUUGACAUCUGCUUAGAGAUCUCCGAACUACUCACCUUCAACUCUUCCCAGCCUUCCCCAACCACUGCAUCACAUUGGGCUACUCCAGCUUUAUUUAUGAAUGAAUCAGAGCACAGUGUGUUGAGUGAUGCUUGAAGAGUCUUGAAACUGAAUAUAUCAUGUACUGUCUUAUGAUCAUCUCAUAACUUUGCCAAAAGAGCAGAAUGGUUUUGGCUGAGAAUGGAGACUUGCCGAUACAACAAGUCACUCAUGAUCAAAUGAAGGACUGAGGAAGUGAAAUUUAUUUCUUGUGGCAGAAAGCUGUGACACUGGAGUAUCAAUUCACCCUGCCACUAAGACAUCACAUGUCUUUUAUGACGACAUGUUAUUGAAAGUAUUAAUUUAUGAUGUUGUGUGGAUGAAUUGAGAUGUACACACAGAUCUAGCUGGAUAUAUUUAUAUAGCUAACAGCAUCUUUUUUCAGUAAUGCUCAAGUCUGUACUACUGAGCAACUACUCUGAUAUAGAUUUUCCAAAAGCUAAGGCUAUUAACUAAGCCAAAAUGACAAGCCCCAAUCUUCUAUAACAGAAUUAGAGGUUCUCUUCUAAUAAUUACCCAACAUCCAGAAAAGCUUGCCUUUCCCCUCUUAAGCCAUUAAAAGAUUGGUUAAAGGAAAGAAAAUCCCUGAUCCAUUUUAUACAUAAAUAAGUUGUACCUUGUUAAUUUAACACUGACAAUGAACAAAUUAACAGAAUUAAUAACAAACCAAACAAUUCCCUCUCAAAACUACUAACCGUUCCCUAACAGCACUAGAUUCUACUGAAAUGCUGCUCAAAUAAACACAAGUUUCACUUAUAUAAACUCACGUAAUCAGACAACAAUAAAUUAAAACUUAAUCACUCCAAAUUCAAGCAGACUGUGUUUUCUGAAACUCACUACCUUCUGUUGAUGUCACACCCCAAAUGCCUUUCUUCCACUGAUUCUCCUGUCAGGGAUGUUUCCUCUGUGCAGACUCUCAGCUAAAAUGUUGUGGUACCUUUUAUUGAUUAGUGAGCUUAGUGAUUUCUUGUGAGGGCUCAGAGCUUAUUUCUCAGAUGGCAGGCUUGCUUUCUCUGAUUUUCCAAAUGCCCUUGUCUUGUGGACCCUUAAUAACAUAUUAUAAGGAGUUGAUUAUGAUUGACCUCAGGUGGUCAACACUAUCAGAUUUAAAUCCAAUUGGCUUUCUGUAUCUCGGUGCUUGGUUUAAAUUAAUUGGCCAAAUUCAAACUUGAUGUCUUGGUAAAAUUGCUGCUUGGCUGCCCUCUACAAAACGUUUCCUUUUAGGCACACUCUUGUGCACCUGCAUUUAUAAACUUCCAAGCACAGACAAUGCACAAGCUCUUAAAGGGAUCGUGGCACUCUUUUUUUUUUUCUCCACAAUCCUCUUUACCAACAAAUUAUAACUUCCUGCCUUUUAAUUCAUGAAUACUCUACUCAACUUCAUAAUAAGUGAAAAAUGUCAGAUUUGUGGAGAACGCAAGCUGUGUAAUAGAGUCACUCAGUCAACAAAGCUUUCAGAGGUGUCUGAACCAAAGAGACAGUCAAAGUGAAACUGCCACAGAGGGAACACCUUGCUCCUCUCUUUUUUUUGUACUUUCUGAAGAUCUUAGAGUCAAAGUCAUGCAGCAUGGAAACAGACCCUCAGUCCAACUCAUCCAUAACAACCAGCCAUCCCAAUCUGACCCAGUGCCAUGUGCCAGCAUUUGGCCCUUAUCCCUCUUAACCCUUCCUAUUCAUAUACCCAUCCAGAUGCCUUUUAAAUUUGGAAUUGUACCAGUCCCCACCACCUUCUCUGACGGCUCAUGCCAUAUACAUGCACCAUCAACUGUGUGAAAAAGCUGCCCCUUAGGUCCCUUUUAAAUCUUUCUCCUCUAACCUUAAACCUAUGCCCCUCUAGUUUUGGACUUGCCCUCUUUAGGAAAAAGACCUUGGUUAGUCACCCUAUCCAUGCCCCUCAUGGUUUUAUAAUCCUCUGUCAGAUUGCCUGUCAGCAUCUGAUGCUCUAGGGAAAAAACCCAACUUGUUUAGCCUCUCCCUAUGACUCAAACCAUUCAACUCUGGCAACAUCCUUGAAAUCUUUUCUGCACUCUCUCUCAAGUUUUAACAACACCUUUCCUCUAGCAGGAAAACCAGAAUUGUAUGCAGUAUUCUAAAAGAGGCCUCACCAAUGUCCUGUAUGGCCACAACAUGACCUCCAAUUUAUAUACUCAAUACACUGACCAAGAAAGACCUUUCUCCCUAUCCUAUCUACCUGUGAUUCCACUUUGAAGGAACUUUGGUCCUGUACCUCAAGGUCUCUUUGUACAGCAACACUCACAUUUAUCAGAAACUCCAUCUGCCACUCCUCAGCCCAUUGGCCCAUCUGAUCAAGGUCCAGUUCUGAGAUAAUCAUCUUCAGUGUCCAGUACGCCACCGACUUAAGAUCUCAUACUCUACAAAUUUCUGGGAUAUCUUUUGCAUACAUGAGGGGGCAGCGAGGGGAAUUGUAUUUUUGUUUUAUUUUGUACUACUGAACUGUUGGAUAUAUUUGUACCUUUUAAACCUUUCAUUGAUUUCUGCUGCUUUUCUUGGGUGAAUAUUGCAAAUAAAACUGUCUUGAUAGCUUAA